CAGUAGAGAGGGGGUGUCGCUGUGUCGCACACCUAAAGGACAAGGUUUGAAAUAAGUGGACGCAAAGUUCUGACGAGAUGCACAAAUCUGUGGUUCUGGUUUCUUUGCUGGUGUUGGGAUGGACACGGACCCUCCAGGGGCUCCCAGUUCUCCCAGAUCCUCUUUACCCCACACAGGAGAACUUUGAUCUGAGCAAGUUUUUGGGAACAUGGUACGAUGUUGCAAAAGCGAGUACGUCUCCCUACAUGCAAGGCUACAGGGGAGACCUGGCUAUUGGGAAACUAGUGCUGAAGAAAGGCACAACGGAAGAAAAGCUCAACAUGACCCGAACAGUACUCAGAGAGGGAACGUGCAAAGAGAGGACCGGAGAUUAUGAGUUGACCUCCACACCUGGACGAUUUUUCUAUCAUGUUGCAAAGUGGGGGGCCGAUGUGGACGCUUAUGUGGUUCACACCAACUACAACGAGUACGCCAUUAUGAUCAUGAGCAAGCAGAAGUCGACGGGUGACAAGAGCAUCUCACUCAAGCUGUACAGUCGAACAAGGACUGUGAGACCCACCAUCCUCGAUGACUUCAAAACGCUGGUCCAACAACAAGGAAUAGGCGAAGAGUUCAUUUUCAUUAGAAAGGACAAAGGUGACUGUGUUCCUGGAGAGCAGGUGGCGGCGCCGACAAUUCAGCCUGAGCCUCAGCGGGUGAGGAGAAACGCUGCACCUUCUUUGGCCCCCGUGGAGGUAGAGGGCUCUGGUGACGAUACGACCCUGUUCAGUGGAGCCAAGGCGUGCAAUGCCACUCCAGACACAGGACCCUGUUUCGGGAUACACAACCGCUACUUCUACAACUCUUCCUCAAUGCGCUGCGAGCUGUUCCAGUACGGCGGCUGUUUAGGCAAUCAGAAUAACUUCAAAACCGAGAGAGAGUGUCUGCAAAGAUGUCGCACAGAGGAGGCGUGCAAUGCCACUCCAGACACAGGACCCUGUUUCGGGAUACACAACCGCUACUUCUACAACUCUUCCUCAAUGCGCUGCGAGCUGUUCCAGUACGGCGGCUGUUUAGGCAAUCAGAAUAACUUCAAAACCGAGAGAGAGUGUCUGCAAAGAUGUCGCACAGAGGCUGUGUGCCGUCUGCCUAUGGCGGCUCAGCCCUGCACGGGCCAACCAGUCAUUUGGGCCUUCGACUCCUCCACUGGACUGUGCAUGGCCUACAAACCGGGCUUCUGUCAGUCCAACGCUAACAAGUUCUACACCAAGUCAGAGUGUGAGGAGUACUGCGGAGUGAUGAAAGACGGAGAUAAGUGGACACAAAGUUCUGACGAGAUGCACAAAUCUGUGGUUCUGGUUUCUUUGCUGGUGUUGGGAUGGACACGGACCCUCCAGGGGCUCCCAGUUCUCCCAGAUCCUCUUUACCCCACACAGGAGAACUUUGAUCUGAGCAAGUUUUUGGGAACAUGGUACGAUGUUGCAAAAGCGAGUACGUCUCCCAACAUGCAAGGCAACCGAGGAGACCUGGCUAUUGGAAAACUAGUGCUGCAGAAAGGCACAACGGAAGAAAAGCUCAACAUGACCCGAACAGUACUCAGAGAGGGAACGUGCAAAGAGAGAACCGGACAUUAUGAGUUGACCUCCACACCUGGACGAUUUUUCUAUCAUGUUGCAAAGUGGGGGGCCAAUGUGGACGCUUAUGUGGUUCACACCAACUACAACGAGUACGCCAUUAUGAUCAAGAGCAAGCAGAACUCGACGGGUGACAAGAGCAUCUCACUCAAGCUGUACAGUCGAACAAGGACUGUGAGACCAACCAUCCUCGAUGACUUCAAAACGCUGGUCCAACAACAAGGAAUAGGCGAAGAGUUCAUUUUCAUUAGAAAGGACAAAGGUGACUGUGUUCCUGGAGAGCAGGUGGCAGCGCCGACAAUUCAGCCUGAGCCUCAGCGGGUGAGGAGAAACGCCGCACCUUCUUUGGCCCCCGUGGAGGUAGAGGGCUCUGGUGACGAUACAACCCUGUUCAGUGGAGCCAAGGCGUGCAAUGCCACUCCAGACACAGGACCCUGUUUCGGGAUACACAACCGCUACUUCUACAACUCUUCCUCAAUGCGCUGCGAGCUGUUCCAGUACGGCGGCUGUUUAGGCAAUCAGAAUAACUUCAAAACCGAGAGAGAGUGUCUGCAAAGAUGUCGGACGGAGGCUGUGUGCCGUCUGCCUAUGGCGGCCCAGCCCUGCACGGGCCAACCAGUCAUUUGGGCCUUCGACUCCUCCACUGGACUGUGCAUGGCCUACAAACCGGGCUUCUGUCAGUCCAACGCUAACAAGUUCUACACCAAGUCAGAGUGUGAGGAGUACUGCGGAGUGAUGAAAGACGAUGACCUGCUGGUGUCAAGCUGAGCAAAGCGAGGAAGUGCUGCUGCUCUCCAGAUCUCGUUCCACACAGAGGAAUCAUGAAUCAGACUUGAACGAGGCGCACAAUAAAAACACAUCUCAGCAAAAGCAAAACUGGUAUCAAAUCAUGACAAGCCCUCAAUAAAAAAAAGUCAGCA